UAUACGCAUGAUUGCCACACAACGGCCAUUGUUGGUAGAGACCUCGUCAUUCUCAUUCUUGGAUCGAUCAGUACGCGUAUACGGCCCCAUCCCGAUCGCCUGCGUCAUCCAGUCUCCGCUCCCGCUCCCCACAGUUCAGCUUUCCUUGCCCCGCCAAGCUGAGGUCGGACACGGACACACGGACAACUGUCAACUCCUCCGCUUGCUGCCGGCUCCCCUCAUCCAACUUCACCUUUACCCACCGUGUUCCAGGCUAAGCCGGUCAAGAAAACGGUAGACGGUAGAUGCUAGACGGUAGACGGCAGACCACGGACGAACCGGGCCGACGACGUUGAAGGAAAGAAAGCGCAACAACCUUACACGGUCGCACAAAACACUGCCGCAUAGUAAAAAGUUCGUUGCAUGUGCCAGCGUGACAGGGCUGGUUAUAGCCUGCAGAUCGGCAUCCGGGCCCCUCUCUCGAGUCCGAUCAAGCUCCAUCCAUGCCUCCUGCGAAACGGCACGCCCAACAAUUGUUACACGUGUCGCUUGAACACAACGCCGACAUGGCAAGCAUUUGGUCUACCAUAAAGGCGGCGGCCCCCUCUCGCACGCGGGCGCCGGAGCAACAGCACCAGCCCCAGUCCCAGCACCAGCCAAGCGAAAGUGAGCCGUCGCCAAUACCGCCGGUCCGGGGUGUCGCUAGCAGGGCCUCAUCGUUGUCACGAUCCAGGGUCCCGGGCACAACGCCGCCGCCGCCGCAACAGUCGGUGCCAAGAUCAACCAGCAUCUUGGGUGAAAUCCGAGGCAGCAAUAGUAGCAACCAACAGAGCCGUUCCUCUCCGAUUCCGUCCCCCAGUGCAGCCAACACCUCGACUACACAGCCCCCAAGUACCAGCAAAAAGACUUCGUCUAGGCUUUCGCGGAGCUACACUUCCAUUGGGCUAACCGGCAAGGAGAAAGAAAGGGAAAAGGAAAAGGAAAAGGAAAAGGAAAAGGGCCGGGAACAAGACGUUGAUGAUGAGAAUGCAGACGACACUGGCGACCAAAGCACCGCCGCCGGUAACGGGACAGCUGGACCGGGCAUCACCAUCGGAGUGAACCAAAGCGCGUACACACCCUCACCAAUACCGAGUCCGGCUCUCGAUCCCCUGUCACAGCAAAUCUACCUACGACGCAACAGCGAGGUUCCCAUACCAGGUCGACGUUCGAUGCAUAUGGCCGAAGGGCUAGCACGAUCCAGUUCGGACUUUUUGAGAGCUGUCACACCAGCAGGAGAUGUGAGCAAAGACAAGAGCAAGAAAGGAGGUUCAUUUCUCAGUCGUUUGAGCAUGCGCGGUGGCCGCAAGAAGGACACAGCCGACUUUGAUUCAGACUCGGAAUUUGGUGUUGAAGCCCGGAUGGACGGCACCAAUGCCCGAGUCUUCAGCCAGACGUUAAGCAACCCAGUCGUGGGCGGAGGCUAUGUCCCCCAUCACAAGGAACCGCCACGAUACAUUCGAACCAAAGCGACCAACAAGAAAGCAAGAGAGUUCAACCGCAUGUUUCUGGCCCAAGAAUUGGUCGGCACAAGACCUCCCAAAGAUGAAGAGAAGGCCGACGCGAACAAGGCACCUGUUGUGACAGUCAGCGUGGCUGGUGGCGGCGAUCGCAAGACAGCGAGGUCAGGCGGAGCAAUCUGGGCGACUGAGUUCAGCAGAGACGGGAAGUACCUGGCCACGGGCGGGCGAGACCACAUUGUCAGGAUAUGGGCAGUCUUGACGACAUCCGACGAGCGCCGGGCACACGAAGAGGAUGAGAACGCCAAUGGCGGACCUGGAGAACGGCUUAGUGCGCCGGUAUUCAGGGACCGGCCGCUGAUGGAGUUUGAGGGACACACCGGGGAGGUCUUGGACCUCAGCUGGAGCAAGAACAACUUUUUGCUGUCGUCCUCGAUGGACAAAACUGUCAGACUAUGGCAUCUUAGUCGAAGAGAAUGCCUCUGCACGUUCAAGCACAAAGACUUUGUCACGCGGUUAGCCUUCCACCCUCGGGAUGACCGCUUCUUCCUGGCCGGCUCCCUGGAUACCAUGCUGCGAUUAUGGAGCAUUCCGGACAAGGCAGUGGCCUUCUCGGCCAACCUUCCCGAUCUCAUCACUGCGGUUGCCUUUUCCCCAGACGGAAAGAUAGCGAUUGCCGGCCUACUGAAUGGCCUCUGCGUCUUUUUCGAGACAGAAGGACUCAAACAACAGACACAAAUUCACGUACGCUCAUCUCGUGGCAAAAAUGCCAAAGGAAGCAAGAUUACAGGCAUCCAGACCAUGCUUGUGCAUCCACCAGCCCCGGCCUACCCAACUCAUCAACCACCAGGUUCCAGUGCGGCCUCGCAUGCUUCCACUGACGUGCCCAGUAACGCCGAGGUGCGAGUGAUGGUCACAUCCAAUGACAGUCGAAUCCGAAUCUACAGUCUACGGGAUCAGACCAUGGAGGUUAAGCUCAAAGGGCAUGAGAACUCCUGCAGUCAAAUCGCAGCCACAUUUUCAGACGAUGGCAAAUAUGUGGUCUGCGGAAGCGAGGAUCGCAAGGCUUUUGUUUGGAGUGUGACGGGCAAGGGGGUGUCGCUGACCACAGACAAGGACAAAUCGCCUUGCGAGUAUUUUGAAGCACACGGCGAGACCGUCACGACGGCUCUUUUUGCGCCAACACAAACGAGGAUGCUUCUUGGUCAGAGCGGAGAUCCGAUUUACGAUCUAUGCAAUCCACCACCUGUGGUUUUGCAGAGCCUAGAUGAGGUUGCCAGUGCCGCAGCAAGCACCACCGGGUCUCAACUAGCACCCGCGUCAGAACACCUGGUAAAAAGGCCGGAGCCGAGUCCCGCUUAUAUUGCCAGAUCUACUCAUUACGAUGGUAACAUUCUCAUCACAACAGGCGAUACCGGCAUCAUUAAGGUCUUUCGCCAAGAUUGCGCCUUCGGUAAGCGCAGACACGAGAGCUGGGAGACAGGAAGCACGUUCAGUCGGAAGCUGGCGCCCAGCAACGGAUUCAUGAGUGGAAACGGGCUAGGUCGCAGUGGCAGCGUGAUGACAAGAACCAGCGGUGGCAGCGUCACACGUAGCCGAAGAGGGUCUCUUACCCAGCCAUUCUCACCACAGCUUGGCCCAGUUGGCGGCAGCUCCGACCGAAUUCUCAGCUGGCGCCAGGGGAUUGAAAACGGAGGCGACAAGCGAUCCAGCACUCUAUUAAAUGGGAGCGCGACGCCAGCAGCUAGCGAAAGAUCGAUGAGCCCGGCCAAGGUCAUCCGGACGCCCCUAAGUUCACAGGUGAACUUGGCAAGCGAGGCCAGAAAACAGCCAUAUGCGAACUCGACCGUCACGUCAAGAAACAGGGCUGGCAGCACCCUGACGAGCCCAACAGCCAGUGUGUUUAGUAACGCACCCUCGCGUGUCCCUUCGAGGCUCCUCAGAGAAAGACGCAUGUCAAAGGAGCCGGAGGAGGAAACGUCAGUGCCGCCGACUCCCAGCUUUACCUACAUGUCAGCAAGUGAGAAUGAUCCACCCGAUUCUCCUGCAGGAACCGGGGUGGUUUCGGGGGGAGGCAGCACUACAUCGUCAUUUUGGAAUCUGAACCGAUGGCGAGGGAUCACGGCCUUCAAAGUCACCGCUUCGUCGCCAAACCAAAGCGGUAGCGGUGUGGAGGGACACAAACGCAGCGACAGCCGCAGUUCUAUAGUGAAGCGGGUCCAAGGGGACGCCGGUCCUGGCGAUCAGAAGGAACAAGGCAGCCCAGAACAGCGCGUAGGAACAUCAAGGCGACAGAGCACAGGCACGGGGCUGUUACCAGCUGCUCAUGUGGUGAGAAACAGCACUGAUGGAAACGGAAAGGACAGGAAGCAUCAGCGCAUGUCUCUCCCAGCUGGAGCAGUCUUGAGCCAGGCCGACAGCGAGGCUGACGUCCGGUCCAUCCCAGCGAAUGGAGGGAUGGUAGCGCCCGUCAACCCUCUGCAAGUGCGUCGAGAUGGCUCUCCAUACCGGCACCUCUGGAGUCGCGGAAGCUCGUCCCACGACAGCGGAGGGAGACCUGGCUCAGAUUUGGGCAGUUAGAGAUGUCUAGAGGAUUGUAUCUAUACUACUCCAUAAGAGCGAGCGUUUUGUUAGCAUGGCGUUGGAUAGGUUGUGACGCAGUUGGAUGAAAGGGGGUUCCAGGACAAAAUUGGAGCUUCAAUGCCGUGUUGCGUUGGGUUCGCUGAGAAUAUACCAUAAACCAAAAGCGAAGCAAAUAAUACCCCGUAAUUCAUGCUUGCUGAAAAGAGGGUAUCCAGAAGUGCGCCACACAAGCCAGAGACAAGCUGGCCCACGGCCAACCCAGCGGCCAACCGUUUGUAUCUCCAACGACAUACCACCACUUGCUUCGUGGUGGCUGCUGUAUCUCUCUUCCCUGGUCUCUGUGCCAAAGCCUCGUUCGGCCAUGUCUGACCCAUAUCAUAUGGUACCAAAUUCAGCACUCCUUUUCCAACCCCUUUUAAGCAGUGGCGGCAGCCUCCUCCUCCUUCUCCUCCUCCUUGGGAGCCUCCUCAGCCGAACCCUCGGCACCCUUCUUGGCCAGCUCGCCCAGCUCGUUGGCCAACAGGGUCAGGUUCCUGGGGUCGGCGCCGCGGAUCUGGACGACGCGGUCGGCGCUCUCGCCCUCGCCGAGCUUGCGGCCCUGGACGUCGACGCCCUUGCCCACCUGGCCGUCGACGACGAAGACGAAGGAGGGCAUGGCGGUGAUGCCGUACUCCUUUGCGAUGUCGGCCGAGGCGUCGACGUCGAUUUUGGCGAAGGCGAGCUGGCCUGGGACGGAGUGAGACUUGGAGAGCUUGGCGAAGAGGGGGGCUAUGGCUUUGCAGGGUCCGCACCUGGGGGGGCGAGAUAGUUAGUAAAACGGCGGGGGGUGGGGGGAUAUUGUAGUUGGUAGAAAGUAAGUAGAGGGGGGAUAACAUACCACUCGGCCCAGAAGUCGAGGAUGACGUAUUUGGUGGAGGUGAUGAGCUGGUUGAGCUCGUCCAGGGUAGAGAUUUUGAUUGGCUCGGCCAUUGUAGCGGUUUGUAGCGGGAGGAACUAAAAAUGUCGUUGGUAUAGGUGUGAGAUAUGAAAGUUCACGAUUUCAGGGGUCGUAGAAACGGAUAUUUCACGAUGCGCAAAGGGUUCACUGAAAGGGAUUAAUAAUGGG